CGCCAUUUAGCAACGAUGUACAGGGAGGUAUCUGGAUUAUGUUUAAGGCAGGCAAGUGAACGAUCCAAGUGCUUUAUUUGGAAUACGUGGUUCUGUAAAAUAUGGCGGCAUAUAGGACGUUCGUCAGUCCAGAGUCCCAAAACUGGUUAAAACAGUGGAGGGCCGUCUUCAUUACGAGAAGAGCUGUCUUGCCUUUUGUCGAGUCAAAGUCUAGCAAUCUGCACUAUGAUAUUGUCCAGAAGGCAUCGAAUGAGCAGACUUGUUCAUUAGACCAUGGUCGUUUAUCUGACCGGCAACAAAUACCUUGUCGAUUUCAUGAAAAACUUCGAAAUGAAAUCAAAGUCAUACACAAAAGAAAAAAACCUUCAUGGGGAAACGCUUCGACUGACACAUGGGGAGACUCUCCCUUUGCUGUCGCCAAGUUAUUCAUGCAGCCAGCUGGGUAUGAUGAUAAAUCUUCAUUUGAUGAAAUUGACUUCAACGGGCUGGCAGCCUUUAUAUAUAACUGCGGGAAAUACACACCCACCUUGGAAACACUAUUUGACGAGGCUCGGAUGUACGUGAACAAGAUUCGACAUAUGCCAGACGCGUGUUCAAGUGCCCUUACAGACCAGGCCACCACUGAGUGUAUAGAUAGCAUGCUUGCGUUGCUAAACGACCCAGAGUUCCAGGGAGAUCCAGAGAUACAAGAAGCAAGCAAACAGCUGGAUGAGCUGGCGGCAUAUAGGACGUUCUUCGGCCAAGAGUCCCAAAACUGGUUAAAACAAUGGUUUGCCGUCUUCAUUACGAGGAGAGCUGUCUUGCCUUUUGUCGAGUCAAAGUCUAGCAAUCUGCACUAUGAUAUUGUCCAGAAGGCAUCGAAUGAGCAGACUUGUUCAUUAGACCAUGGUCGUUUAUCUGACCGGCAACAAAUACCUUGUCGAUUUCAUGAAAAACUUCGAAAUGAAAUCAAAGUCAUACACAAAAGAAAAAAACCUUCAUGGGGAAACGCUUCGACUGACACAUGGGGAGACUCUCCCUUUGCUGUCGCCAAGUUAUUCAUGCAGCCAGCUGGGUAUGAUGAUAAAUCUUCAUUUGAUGAAAUUGACUUCAACGGGCUGGCAGCCUUUAUAUAUAACUGCGGGAAAUACACACCCACCUUGGAAACACUAUCUGACGAGGCUCGAAAGUACGUGAACAACAUCCGGAAUAUACCAGACUUAUGUUCAAGUGCCCUUACAGACCAGGCCACCACUGAGUGUAUAGACAGCAUGCUUGCGUUGCUAAACGACCCAGAGUUCCAGGGAGAUCCAGAGAUACUAGAAGCAAUGGAACAGCUGGAUGAGUUAAAGACCCAAACUGAAAACACCAACUCGUUGAUAUCUAUUAUCGAAGUUCCUAUUAUGAGAGGCGUUCAAGAAAUAGCGGAAAAGAAAGAGCAAAGGAAGUCCAAAUUAACAAAAGCAAAGUCAGAUUUACACCAACAAUUGCUCACUUAUUACCAGACAAAGUAUCUCAGAAUGAACGUCCGAUUGGACAUCGAUGCAGCCGUAGAAGACAUUUAUGAAAAGCCAAAACUUAUCUUGAAAAAUAAGAGAGACAAAGAUGGUAAAAUAAAAGAUAAAGAGAUAUCAGAAAUGAAUGAUAUGUUUCUGAGCGAAAAUGGCACGAUGGCUAAAACAGUAUUCGUUGUGGGCGAGCCGGGCCGAGGAAAGUCCUCCCUCUGUAAAAAGAUUGUCCAUGACUGGUGCAAACUGAAAAAGGACGAAAAUAAGACGACAAAGAAUAACAACAUGUUAAGCCAGUUCGGGUUCUUAUUCUACAUAAGGCUACGAGAGGCUGCUGAUCAAUGCAAAAUCAAAGAUAUGCUAGUACAGUGUUUGAUUGAACAUAUUCAUUCAGAUGAUAAAGAGAAAAAAGAAUUGUUAGCAGAGAUUUUGAAAUCAGAAUGUUGCCUUCUUCUUCUUGAUGGCUUAGACGAGUGGACACAUUGUAGCAAAUGUAAACGUGAUGAACGAAUUCCUCAUGUUGAAACAAGUUGGAUGAACUGUACAACAUUGAUUACAACACGACCAUACAAAAUAGCGGAACUGAAACUGAACCGCUCACAACUUGGCAACCAUAUGCGGUUGGAGGGCGUUCAGUCACCUGACAAACUUGUUCGGAGAAUACUUCAGGAGUUUGAGAAAAGUCAAGAAGAUAAACGUCCACAUAGCUGCGUUAAAGACCUUAAAAUAAAAGGUCUGUGGCACUUCAGAGAUAUUCCAAUCGUGCUUAUUGAUAUUGUUUGGCUCUGGUUCAGAGGCCAGCUUAAGGUAAACAUGUGUCUGUCUGAAGUUUACGGGAAAAUAAUAGAAGAAAGAUGGGGUGAAAUGAUCGACAAGAAAAAAAUAGAAGAUAACCAGCUUCCAGAGGAUUUUCUUGAUUCUUUAAGCAAAUUAGCCUUCAAUAAACUGUUUUCAACAAAUCAGGAUGAUUCCAUUGUUUUUGGCAUUGCAAAGCAUCAAUUGGAUGAAAAAUAUCAACGAUUGUCUCUUGAAUCCGGCAUCAUGUCCUGUAGUAGUAAACUAGGUGAAAGAUUGGCGUCUUAUCAAUUUUGGCACACAACGCUUCAAGAAUUCUUCUCAGCAUUGUAUUUGGCGAAGAGCAGCAGAUCAGAUUUGCUCAAACAUUGUCAACACGCUCAGGAAGUAUAUAGAUAUAACAGGGGAGAAGGUGUGUUAAGCAUGCGUCACAUGUUUCUGUUUCUAUGCAGCAUGGACAUAACUGCUGCUGAAGUGUUUUCGAAGUCAUUAAAUGAACUUUUCACUGACCACUUGGAAAGAAACGGGUUUUCAACUACAGAAGCGAGAGCUUUCCAGAAUAUGAUACUGCAAGGCUAUGAUGAGGCAGAGAGAAGCGGACAUAUCGGAGCGGAGAUCUGCCUGCAACAUGUCGUCGUUGAUGAUGAUGAUGAUGAUGAUGAUUAUGAUGAUGAUAUUCAUGAAGAAUUUGAAAAUCGAUUAGAGAAACACAAGUCAAUAUUGAAACAUUACUUGGAUAAAAAAAAAUCCACUCUCGUAUCAUUAUAUAUUACGGGGGAAAGCGGCCUUUAUUCUUUGUUGCAGGGCAUGAAUGAUCCGAGUGUUUUAGAUUUCGAGAUUUGCAAGAAUCUAAAAUUUGUUUUUUUAAGGAAUGUUCUAAAUAAAGAUAUCAACCAAUUGAACUGGACCGGAUUAUUAGAAUGCAAAAUACAACGCAUAGGUCUAAGUCCAGCAAAUAAACUGGUAGCUUCAUUUCUGUCCUCAGAUGUAACACGUUUGAAAAUACUCUCAUUGGAAUGGAAUGGUUGGGAACCUAUUGCCGAGAAAAUCUUCUCCAAACUUCAACAAAUUAAACAUCUAGACGCCACAUGGAAUAACACACUACCAAAUGAUUCGAAAUUUGAUCUUGAUCUUCGACAUCUCGAACAACUCGACCAACUCUCCUUAAAGGGACUUGCUUUCUCUGACGUUGUUAAUCUACAUAUGCUCAAUCUCCGCAAGUUAGAGGUCAGCUUUAACACACAAAAAAAGCACCAGGGUUAAUUGCGGCGUUACUAGCACAACGCGACGAUUCACUCGGUCCAAAUUUGGAUGAGCGCCUUUCAAUCCUUACGGAUGUAACAUUGGAAAACAUGACCAUGUCAGCAGGAGUGUUCAGACGUCUCGUUAGUAUUCUGAUACAGUCGGGACAUUCCGUGAACUGUGAGUUAUCUACCUGUACAAUA